AUGCGGGCGGGCGGGUGGCGCGCGUGGCCGGCCGUGGCGUGCGCGCUGCUGCUGGCCAGCGCCCGCUCACAUGCCGUCGAGCAGCUCGCCCCGGGAGUAUGCCCGUCAAUAGACAUACGGAGCCACCCUGAGCAGAUGCUAAAGCUACGAGGGUGCCGGGUGAUCGAAGGUCACCUCAGUAUUGUCGUUAUCGAACAUCCCUCGCCGAAUGCAUUUGACAACAUGAGCUUCCCUGAACUAAGGGAAGUUACUGGCUAUAUAAAGAUAUAUAGGCUGAUGGGGGUGCGGAACCUCGGCGACCUAUUUCCGAAUCUCUCUGUAGUGCGCGGUAUGCAACUGUUCAAGGACUACGCUAUAGUUGUGUUUGACUGCGAAGAUCUUGAGUCGCUGGGCCUUCGUUCUUUGUCGAAAGUGGAACGCGGCGGGGUCCGCAUACAGCAGAACGAUCGUCUCUGUUACACCAAUACUAUUGACUGGUCGCGCAUUGUGGCGGACGGCGACGACAACAUCUUGAUCCGGUCGAACUACGACAUACGGCUGUGCGGCCUGUGUCCGAACGCACAAAGCCGCAUGGAGGACCACCGGCAACAGCACUUGCAGUGUCCCGCUGAUACCUCCGGACGACUACUGUGUUGGGACGACAAGCACUGUCAAAAGAUGUGCCCGAGUGCGUGCGGCGGGCGCGCGUGCACGCACAACGGCACGUGCUGCAACGCGACGUGCCUGGGCGGCUGCGACGGCCCGCUGGCACGCGACUGCCACGUCUGCGCCAACUACUCGCUCGGCUACGGCGAGAACCGUACCUGCGUCUCCUCCUGCCCCGCCAACACGUACCGGCUGUCGCGGCGCUGCGUGACGGAGCAGGAGUGCCGCGCCAUGCCGCCACCGCAGCCUGCCGAGUCCAGCCAGCCCCCGCCCAACAUCCAAGCCUAUAAGAUCCUCAACAACACCUGCGUCUACAUGUGUCCCAGCGGAUACAUGGAGGUGGGCGCGGCGCACAACGGCACGUGCCGGCCGUGCCAGCCGGCGGGCUGCGUGCGCGAGUGCGGCGGCGGCCGCGUGGACUCGGUGGCGGCGGCCGAGCACUUCCGCGGCUGCACGCACCUCAAGGGCUCGCUCGAGAUCUCGCUCCGCGCCAGCGCUGGCAACACAAUGGCGAUUCUGGAAGCAUCUCUGGGUGAAAUCCGCGAAAUAGACGGCAGCCUGAAAAUAACGCGCUCGUACCCGCUCGUGUCGCUCAUGUUCCUCAAGAACCUGCGCCGGAUCGGCGGCCACACCAACGAUAAUAAAAUGCAGAGCCUGUACAUCUUCAACAACCCGAACUUGGAGAUGCUGUGGGACUGGUCGACACAUAAACCGAUCGAGAUAACUCGCGGCAAACUGUUUAUUCACUUCAACCCGAAGCUCUGCUACAACCAGAUCCUGCCGCUCAAGAACAUGACGCGCGACCCGAUAUCCACGUUCGACCAAAUUGAGGUGUCCAUCGACAACAAUGGCGAUCAGGCUUCAUGUUUUCAAGAUGUGCUGGAACUGAAGGUGAGCACUCUACGUCGGCGCGCAGUGAUCCUGACGUGGAACAUGUACUGCUCGGAGGAUAUCCGCAAGAUGCUCGGCUACUCCAUCUACUAUAUUGCUGCCGAGCACAACGUCACGCUAUACGGCCAGCGGGAUGCCUGCUCUGACACGUGGAACGUACUGGACAUAACGAUGGACGACGUGCGCAGCAACGUGUCGAAGCCGACGCCCAGCGCGAAGAACAGGCUGGUCAACCCGUGCAACAACCUGCAGCCGCACUUCUACCCGCUCACGCAGCUCACGCCCUUUACGCGAUACGCCGCCUACGUCAAGACCUACACCACGCUCCAGGACAAGAAGGGCGCGCAGAGCCCCAUCAUCUACUUCAAGACCCUACCCGAUUCUCCAAGCCCACCGUUGGGGCUGACAGUGGAGCUUCGCACUGCUCACUCUGUGCAGAUUAGCUGGAUGCCGCCGGCCAUGCCGAACGGCACCAUUUCUAUUUACCACGUGGAGAUCCAGGCCAACAGCUACAACCGACCCACUAUACUCGCGGAUAACCUCAACUACUGUAACAAUCCGAGCGCGCUUUCGAACAUGAUAACGGUGCGCAACGAGGAGGUAGCGGAGAGUGCGGAGGGUGGUGAGGGCGCGGGGAGUGCGGUGGCGGCUUCGGGCGCGGGGGGUGCGGGCGCGGGCGCGGAGGGUGAGGUGGGCGGAACUUGCGCGUGCGCGCCGCGCCCCGCCUCGCGCUUCAGCUCGCGCGCCGAGCAGGACCGCAUCGAGAGCAUCAACUUCGAGAACGAACUGCAGAACCACGUUUACGUCAAGACUGAUAGAAACAAAUCUCCUAAAUCGAGUAGCAUCAGAAUAAAACGGGCCAUAGACAAACAGCUGAACAGCAUGCUGGUCAUACUCAGCGGAUACAAUAAGCCCGAGCAAGGCUUAAAGUAUUUCAACGCUACCGACACGGAAGUCAAGUGCGGUCGCAUCGAGCCUAACGCUUGCAUCAUUAAGGACAAUACUACAGGGUACGUGAAGUCACUUUACUACGAGCUGGACGGCAACACGCGGUCAUUAUUGGUAGAAAAUAUGCGCCAUUUUACCUGGUACACUGUCAACCUGUGGGCGUGUCGUGAAAAGCAGGAUUACGAGCCUCUCGACAACUACAAGGAAACUUGGUGCUCUGGGCGAACCUUUAACACUUUCCGGACUUUAGAGCUGCCAAAUGCCGACGUAGUAAAAGAUGUUCGCGCUGAAGUGAUAGUCUCAAACAAAACCUUACCCGAAGUAAACGUAACUUGGAAGCCACCAGAAAACCCAAAUGGAUUCGUAGUUGCAUACAAUGUGCAUCACUCGCGUAUUGAAGACAACAGCGAGGCGCAGGACGUGGGGCUACAGAGCUGCAUCACGGCGAGCGACUACGAGGCGAACGGGCGCGGCUACGUGCUGCGCAACCUGGCGCCCGGCAACUACAGCGUGCGCGUCACGCCGCUCACCGUGGGCGGCGCGGGCAACGUCUCCGCGCACGUCUACGUCUUCAUACCGGAGCGGCGCUCGGAGGCGGGCUACGCGUGGGCGUGGGGCGCGGCGGCGGGCGCGGCGCUGCUGCUGCUGCUGGCGGCCGGCGCCUGGUACGCGCGCCGCGCGCUGCCCUCGCCUGAGGGAAACAAGCUGUUCGCCACCGUUAACCCGGAGUACGUGUCCACCGUGUACGUGCCCGACGAGUGGGAACUGCCGCGCACCAGCAUCGAGUUCAUUCGCGAGCUUGGUCAGGGCUCCUUUGGCAUGGUUUAUGAAGGUAUCGCUAAAAACAUAGAAAAAGGAAAACCGGAAACACGGUGUGCUGUAAAAACGGUCAAUGAACAUGCCACUGACAGGGAGCGCAUCGAGUUCCUGAACGAGGCGUCAGUGAUGAAGGCGUUCGACACGUUCCACGUGGUGCGGCUGCUGGGCGUGGUGUCGCGCGGCCAGCCUACGCUGGUGGUGAUGGAGCUGAUGGAGUUCGGCGACCUCAAGACCUACCUGCGCUCGCACCGCCCGGACGCUGACUCCUCGCUGCCCAAGAAGGACGACGCCGCGCCGCCCACGCUGCAGAACAUCCUGCAGAUGGCGAUAGAGAUAGCGGACGGUAUGGCGUACUUGUCCGCCAAGAAGUACGUGCACCGCGACUUGGCGGCGCGCAAUUGCAUGGUGGCCGGCGACCUCACCGUCAAGGUGGGCGACUUCGGCAUGACGCGAGACAUCUAUGAGACUGACUACUAUAGGAAGGGCACCAAGGGCCUACUGCCCGUCCGGUGGAUGAGCCCCGAAAGUUUGAAAGAUGGGGUGUUUUCAAGUAAUAGUGAUGUGUGGAGCUACGGUGUCGUACUGUGGGAAAUGGCAACACUAGCGAUGCAGCCUUAUCAGGGGCUGUCGAACGAGCAGGUGGUGCGGUACGUGGUGGAGGGCGGCGUGAUGGAGCGGCCGGAGCACUGCCCCGACCGGCUGUACGAGCUCAUGCGCGCCUGCUGGUCGCACCGCGCCGCCGCGCGCCCCUCCUUCCUGCAGCUGGUGGCCGACCUGGCGCCCAGCGCGCAGCCAUACUUCCGACACCGCUCCUUCUUCCACUCGCCGCAGGGCCAGGAGAUGUACGCGCUGCAGCGCUCCGCCGCGGAGGAGGAGCAGGAGCCGGCAGAGGUGAACGUGGGCGCAGUGGCGACGGGGUCGGGGUCGAACCUGUUCGGCGUGUCGGGGCGGCUGGCUUCGUGGGUGCGCGAACUGUCCUCGCUACGCUCGCGCGCCUCCGACGACGCGGCCGCCGAGCCGCUGCAGCCGCACCCGCAGCCGCAGCUCGCGCACCCGCGCCUGCAGCUCCCGCAGCACCCGCAGCACGCGUCGCGACCCAACGGCCUGCUGCACGACACCACCGGCUGCUAG